UCCCUGAUGACAACAUCUGUCAGGAGGAAGACCUGAUAGUGGAGGCGAGCGCCGACACCAGCCCCUGCCACUACCAGGCGUCACCUGAAGAGACUGGCACCAACACCAGCCAGGACAAGGGCUCAGUAAAGGAACUGAGCCAAGAAGAUAAGAAAGACCUUAAGGAGGAAUCUGGCACUACCACCUGCCGGCCCAAGAUCUCCCAGAGAAAGCGAGUGGAACCUCCGACCAACGAGGGGAAUAACACCAUCUCACUCGCUGAGAAAUAUCCAGAGCCCGGGAGAUAUUUCAAAUUGGGGGAACAAAUCGGAGAGGACCCCAAUGGAGUGAUUUACAAUGGAUGGCACCGAAGCAGACGAGUGGAGGUGGCCAUUGUAAUCAUAGAAGAUCAAGAGAAGCAAAAAGGAAUCGAAAAGGAAGUUGAAGUCCUUGAAAUGGUGUCAGGCCAUAAAAACAUUGUGGAUUUCUAUGGGGCCUAUUACCAUCAGGCCCUACGGACACCAUUGCUCCCUGAAGGACUAUGGAUUGCUACUGAGUUCAUCACUGGUGCCACUCUGCAAGAUCUCAUUGGCACCAGAAAGACCUUAGGAGAAAGGUGGAUCUCCUACAUCUGCAAACAAAUAACCACGGGCCUUUUCCACCUGCAAAAGAAGAACAUCAUCCACCAUGACAUCAAGCCCGAAAACAUCCUAAUCACCUCAUUGGGAGAGGUGAAGAUCGGCGAAUUUGGCUUCGCCACUUGUGGAGGAAAGAGCAGCAGUACUUCUGGGACUAUAACAUACUCGGCCCCAGAAGUACUGGCUAAUUUUGGCAAGAACAAGCUCGAGUAUGACCAUAAGGCUGACAUCUGGUCACUCGGCAUUGCAGCCAUCGAAAUGGCGGAGGGACUCUCAUUCAGCAAACUUCCACAACAGAAGCUGAUUGAGAAGAUCACACGCGGUCCCACGCCAACAUUAACACCAUGGGGAAAAUGGAGCGACAAGUUCCGUUCCUUCAUUUCCGAGUGCCUGCAGAGAGAACCAUCGAGAAGACCGUCUGCAAGGCAACUUCUGUCACACCCCUUCAUUGGAGAGAUCUGGGGUGAAAGGGGUGUGCAGAAGAACAUCGCCCAACAGCUGCACAGAGGAAUGAAGCACUAAAAGAACAGAAGAAGGCAGCCAUCGGGGGAGGGUUUGGGGCAUAGGGGGCCUAUUUAACAUCCUUGGGCCCCCCACAUAACAUUGUGGUCCCGAUGGCAGCCCUCUAUGUUCUCUUCUUCCCAUCUAGAAGACCAUCUGCAAGAAGAACAUUGCCCAACAGCUGCACAGAGGUAAGGGAACUGCUCAUUCUCAUUAUAUUUCACACGAUGCAUUGACUUUAACUAGCUACUGCUCCCGUUCAUACAAAUAUUCUCUUGCUUUCCUACAUACAAAUUCAUCUGAUACUAAAGCCACCAAUAAUAAAGACUUGUAUUAGGGCAGAGUUUACUAAACUGGGCUAAAG